AUGGAUAGGGAAGAGUUGGAUACGUUGCAAAAUGCAAUUGCAAAGGUUAAGCAAAUCGUCGAAGGGAAGAUCCCAUCUGGUCUUGUGCCUCGCACUUUGAUUUAUAAUGAAAUCUACGAAAAGUGCUAUAAAGUGCCUCGCACUUUGAUGCAGGCUCAAUAUGAGAAAACUUUAGAAGAUCAUAUCAAUUCAACAGUUGCACCCGCACUGAGGGGGAAAGAAGAUGAGCUUCUGUUGAAAGAAGUUAGAAAGCAAUGGGAAUAUUACAAUCGAAUGGUUAGCAUUUUAUUGAAAUGGGUGUUUUUUAAAUUGGCCCGUAAGUAUUCUAUGAUCUUCUCAAAACCCGACGAAGCUGCUCAGAGAUACUUCAACGAAGUUUUGCGAAGUAAUGUGCAGGCUGCUAUUAUGCUUCAAAUUAAUAAAGUGCGAGAGGGCGAGAGCAUUCUGGAUGGGACUGUAUUGAAUAAUGUUUUGCGUAUGCUGUUGGAUCUUGGGAUGGACAUAUCCUAUUCUAGAAAGGCUGCUUCAUGGAUAUGGAUAUGUGAAGGUUGGAAAAAGAAACAAUUGCAAUGCAUUGUUUGCAUCAGAGUAGCCAAACUAGGUAUGUAG